CCUUGCUGCGGAACGGCUAUGUUGGUCUUUGUUGCCUUCAGCUGGAUUUGUUUUUCUUAGGAUAAAAAAUAUAUAUAUAAACGGAUUAUUAUUGUUAUUUGAUCACAUUAAUAACGUCCCCAUAAAGAUGGAUGAAAGAAGUUACGGAUCUUUGCCUCAUGUGCCCUCGGAUUAUGUGCAGCACUGGGUUCAGUCAGCGCAGCAGCAUCUCCAAGCCCUGCACGCACAGUAUUCUCACAUGGCCAACGGUAAUGUUGCCCACUUCAUGGAAGGACACGGGGAAGAACCUGGAAUGAUGGACAUGCCUGUGCAGGAGCCGCCUGCUGCACCCCUGGAGCCCGGGGUUCCUCAGAAAGCUCCCACUAAAGGGAAGAGGGGCAGACCUGCAGGCCAACAGCCCAAAGCUAAGCCAGGACCCAAGCCUAAGAAGGCCAAGGUAGAGAAAGAAGGCCAAGCAGCUGAAGGAGCGCAGGAGAAGAUCGAUGAGUCUUUUAAGAAAGUUAAAAGGAAAAUCGAUCGCUUCAAGGGCAUGUCUGAGGAGGAGGUCAUGAAAAAGACCCUGCCAGACAUCCUCACACCCAACCUCGACUAUGUAAUUAUUGGAAUUAAUCCAGGUCUGAUGGCUGCCUACAUUGGAAGGUGGUUCCCCGGACCUGGAAACCACUUUUGGAAGUGCCUGUUUCUGUCUGGGUUUACUGAACAGCUGCUGAACCACAUGGAUGACCAGUCUCUCCCUGAGAAAUACGGCAUUGGCUUCACUAACAUGGUGGCAAGAGCAACACCAGGAAGCAAAGAUCUCAGCAGUAAAGAGCUUCGAGAGGGUGGCAAAAUUUUAGUGGAAAAGAUUAAAAAGUUCAAACCUCUUAUAGCAGUUUUCAAUGGGAAAUGUAUAUAUGAAAUGUUCUGUAGAGAGAUAUUUGGGAAAAAGCCCAAAUCGUUGGAAUUUGGCUUGCAGCCUCACAAGAUCCCAGACUCGGACACGGCGCUGUAUCUGAUGCCCUCGUCAAGUGCCCGCUGUGCACAGUUCCCCCGAGCUCAGGACAAAGUGCAUUUCUACAUCAAGCUCAGGGAACUCCGAGACCAACUUAAGGGAGUGGCCAAAGCCAAGGAAGUCGAGGAGGUCAAUUACACCUUCGAUCUUGGCUUGGCUAAAGAGGAUGCUAAGAGAAUGGCUAUUAAAGAGGAGCAGUACGAUCCUGGCUAUGAGGCUGCUUAUGGAGGGGCAUACGGGGAACCUGGCUUUGAGGAAGGCAACGGCCACUGUGCCUUCUCUUCAGGGGAAGCAGAAGCAGCAGAGAAGACGUCUAGGAAUCCAAUCGCAGCAGGCCAGCUUCCAGACGGACAGUGGAUGAACAACUCCUUCGCCGAUCAGAUUCCCGAGAUCGGCAGCUCGUCACAAGCGCAGGGGGAGGCUGUAUGAGCAGGACUGUCAUCUCAGUAAGAGACUGGACGCCUGCGUUCAUGCACAGCUCCCGUGCAGUGCCUCUCACCAGCUUCUCGCAGUUCAGGAGCGAUCUCAAUCCGUGCACUGACUUUUUUUCUGCUUGCUGAUUUGUUUAAAAUCUGUUACAUUAGGUAAUAGGAACAUUACGGUCGCUGUGUGAUUAAGUCACCCGGCAAAACAGGAUGACGACGUGAUGAUUUGAAGCGGAGGCGGCGACAUCAGCGAUUCGCACAAGUCACCUGCUGCUCUUAAUAACUAAAAAACAAAACAAAAAACGUACCUCAGUUCUUCAACUGAAGACUAUUAUCAUGGAGCACUCUUCAUGUAUAAAGAGAUGCAUUUGAAUUCUUUUAUAUUUUCUUUGCCAUGAAUUUGAAGUAGACAUUUUAGGGAGUAGUAUUUCUAUGGAACGUAUGUGUUUUCUUUUUGUUUUUUUUCACCUUCUGUGUCCGAAACAUUUUAGUUUUUUUUUUUUUUUUGCUUAGUGUUUAAGCACUGAUGCAAUUGUUUGUUCCAUGUGAUAUCAGGGAUAACUGAUACUUGAUUUUAAGACAGAACCGUAUGUAGUUUAAUUUGGUUAAAUGUUGAACUUUUUUCCUCGUGCAAAAAGUUUGCACACAUUUCUGUGCCUGGAAGCCAUUUACAUGGUUACUGUAGGUCAGAAUGGAAAAAGUAAGAAUUAUGAAUCUCCCCUUUUUUAUAUAAAACGAUGGUGUAGUAGAGCAAGUAGCGUAGGUGACAUUAUUAAAUAAUUUGUAAUCAAAGCAAAGACACCACCAUUUUAUCCCCUAAGGUGCAUUUCUUCUAGGUCACACUAAUACAAUCACGUGAGUACUGAUGGUAGUCGUGGAGUAGUUGUCUCCUCUGACAUGAAAUUACAAAAUCAAGUGUCAAAGAUAGGCAGAGCGCCUUCUCAAGUACUGUAAAACACCGUGUCUGUGACGCAUGGUACUGUGUGAAUUUUAAAGCUUUGAUUUACUGUGGUUUUACUGUUUAUAUAAAUAUUCUUGGUGCUAUUUUGUUACACUUAUUGUAAACAUAAUUACAUUUUCCCUCUAUUAAAAUUUUAUUGCAUUCAACUUCA